AAUAUGGAGAUCAUCAUCAUCAUCAACCCCUGGCCCCCCGACACUCCCCUCUCUUCAAUAUGCAAGCUUUUUCUAUGGUUCCCAAAUCCUCUGAGAUGGGUAUUUGUUAAUUUCAUUUGGGGCCCUAGAAAUUGCUUCCAUUCUUCCCAGCAAUUUCAUGUUCAACUUCACAGGUACCUUCUCCGUAAGUUGUCUUCGGUAUCAGCCUAAUGGGGUUGAAACUAACGAAACCGGCGCCAGGAAAGACUGGAAACCCAACUAUACUCCUCCAGAACCGAAUGAUCACAUACCUUACCUCAAGUGUUAUUAUCCGCAACUUGGUUUCCAAGAAGAGGAGGAGAAUGCUUGUUGGUGGUUACGAUCUUGACAUGUCAUACAUCACAGAUCGUAUAUUGGCAAUGUCAUUUCCUGCAGAACGUAUGCGAGCUAUGUAUCGUAAUCCUCUCUGGCAGGUUAAGUCUGUCCUGGAAAUGAGGCAUCACGGGCAUUACAAGAUAUACAAUCUGUGUAUAGAAGAAAACUAUGAUGCAUCACAUUUCCAAGGUCGUGUGGAAAUGUACCCAUUUGAUGAUAACCAUGUCCCAUCUAUUGAAAUGAUCAAGUCAUUCUGCGAGAGUGUGCAUUCGUGGCUAUCAAACAACCCAAAAAAUAUUGCAGUUGUACAUUGCAUGGCUGGGAAAGGUAGAACAGGUUUAAUGGUAUGUUCCUACCUUGUUUAUACUGGCAUGUCAGCACAGGAUGCUCUUCAGUUAUAUGCCCACAAACGGACUACCAACAACGAAGGGGUCUCUAUACCGAGCCAAUGCCGUUAUGUGGGGUAUUGGGCCAGUGUUCUUUCUGUUCCUAGAGGAAUUUCUGAUGUACCACCAGAUGUCAAAUUGCCUCCAAAAUGCAGCAGAGAAUUGAGGCGGAUUCGGCUUUAUGACUCAGUAAAUACCACCUCUGUCUUCUUUGUGGUUGCAAUGCUGCAAGAGAUUCCUAAUCAGUCAUACCGUCCAGCUGUGGAAGUUUUCAGGGGUUGCUGCCACGAAAUUAAGAAGGGUUAUCAAAGAACAGAAAGUCCUAGGUACUACUUAUCAUUUGUUGAAGGUGAUGAAGGGAAAAAUGCAGAAUUAGAAGAACCUCAUGUCGUAGUACAGAUGGAUACAGAGAGCUCCAUGUUAUACCAGAAGACCUGUCUUGACUAUCACUUCAAUAAACCUGUCCAAGUCAGUGGGGAUGUGCGUGUCAUAUUCUAUCAAAAAAUGAUUGGAAGCCGUCUUUUCUAUUGCUGCUUCAAUACAGCUUUCAUAAAAAACAGCUUGCUACAGUUUUCAAUGCGGGAUUUAGACAAAGUUGGAAAACAGGGUAGAUCAGUGUGUGGCCCUGCCUUCUGCGUGGAGUUACUGUUUGGUCCUGCUAAUCCAGAGCCCUCAUUGUUGCCUACAUCUGAUGAUGAGGAUUAUUGACAGAUUUUUGUUCUGAAAUCUAAAGCCAAAGAUUGAUUUAAAAAAAAGAAAAGAAAAGAAAAGCACACGUAACAUGGGUCAAGGUAGAAAUUUUUUGUAUGAACACGUCUCCUUCUACUGAUUUUCUCACUCAAAAUGGCCCAUUCUGGAACCCAAGUAAUGAUACAAACAGCUCGCAAACUGAUUUGUUCUGUGCUCUUGCCGGCUAGUUUUUCAUCGCGGGUGAGGUACUAGGAAAUGAGAAUGAGUUUUUGUACUCCAAAUCACACCAUUCAAGAGGUCGUGGUUUCGGUAGCAAAUGUUUGUUUUGUGUAUCUUGAUUGCCUAACUGGGAAGAAAAAGAACGUAUCUAC